AUGACGGAUUUGCCAAUCAGGUACAUACUACAAAAGCUAGAUAUAUCAGGCAGGUUGGUUAAAUGGGCAAUAGAGCUUUCAGAGUAUGGAAUACAGUAUGAAUCACGAGGGCCGAUCAGAGCUCAGUUUUUAGCUGAUUUUCUGGUAGAAUUAUCUGAACCACCUGUCAGUGAUCAGCAAGUUAAAGAGGUAUCAUGGAUUUUAUCUGUUGAUGGGGUUUCUAACUUGAAAGGAAGCGGUGUUGGUAUAGUAUUAGAAGGACCAGAAGGAGUCUUGAUUGAACAAUCUUUGAGAUUUGCUUUCAAAGCCAAUAAUAAUCAAGCAGAGUAUGAAGCUUUGAUAACAGGGAUGCUUUUGGCUAAAGAAAUGGGUAUCACCAGGUUAUUGGUUAAAAGUGAUUCUGCAUUAGUGGCAGGUCAGGUGACGGGUGAAUUCCAGGCUUGUGAUCCGCAGUUAGCUAAAUAUUUAGAGGUGGUCCAAUCUAUUGCAAAAAAUUUUGUUCUCUCCGAAUUCGUACAUGUUCCGAGAGAGAAAAAUUGCCGAGCUGAUCUAUUAUCCAAAUUAGCUAGUUGUUCAAAACCAGGGCAGCAUAAAUCGGUGAUAAGAGAAACAUUGGUAGCCCCUCGGGUCGAUACGCGGGAGAAAUAUCAAGUCUUGGAGAUUUUGAUGGCUGAAGAAUCUUGGAUGACACCUUUGAAAAGUAUGAGGGAGGCAUCUCGACUCAUGGCCGAGCUCCAUGAGGGCAUAUGUGGAAGUCAUAUCGGAGGGAGAGAAUUAAUGUUACGGAUGGUGCGGGGUGGGUUUUGGCCCACUAUGAAGAAUGACUGUAUGGAGUAUGUCAGGAAAUACAUUUUAGGCUCAUUUCCUAAAGGGGUGAGACAGCUUAAGUUUUUGAUUGUUGCUGUGGAAUAUUUUACAAAGUGGAUUGAAGUCGAGCCGGUUGCUGUGAUUUCGGGUAGUCAGGUAAGACAAUUAUGUGAUGAAGUUGGGAUUAAGCAGGUUUUCUCUUCUGUGGAGCAUCCUCAAACGAAUGGUCAAGCUGAGGCAGCUAAUAAGGUGAUAUUAAGGGGUGUGAAACGAAGACUGGUGGCAGUGAAAGGGGAAUGGCCAAAUGAGAUACAUCGAGUGUUAUGGGCAUAUCAUACCACACCUCAGUCGUCUACCCGAGAGACUCCAUUUACUCUGGUAUACGGCACAGACGCAAUGAUACAUAUGGAAAUCACGGAGAACACUAGAGAGUAA